UGAGUGUGUGUGUGUGUGUGUGUGUGUGUGUGUGUGUGUGUGUGUGAGAGAGAGAGAGUGUGUUUCUCUGUAAAUUCAGAGAGUGGAUGCAGUUAUCAUACCACAUGUAAGUUAUGAUAUUAUAUUUGGGUGAUACUCAGAGUUUGAUAUCUAUGCUGCAGACAUUGUAGCUAUUUCUAUGCUAAACUGACACUAGUUUUGUUUUCUGAUGAGUUUUUAGGUUCUGUGCUAAAACCUUCUUUAAAAUCAUGCCUUCCGAUUAAAUCAGUCAUUUAAACAUAAUGAAGACAUUCCUCAUGCAGCGUUUCAAGAGGCGUUGUUUUUAAGUCCCAACAAAUCAAAACCUAAUUACUAACCAAUUCUAUAAUAAACAGCAGAGUUGGAAAUGAAAGUAUUUGUGUCUCGGUUUAAUCAUCACGAUGUUUUCCCAACCCUUACAAAUCCAGGAAAUGCCUCAUUCUGUCAGGACUGGCUUUUAUUGAUUUACUUUUGUCUAAGCUGAAUGCAUUUUGCAUGAAGGCAGCGGUGAAUCAAUAAUCGCUGCUCAUGCAAUGAAUGUUAUUACAGCAGCAAGCAUCACAUCUGUGACCUCGGACACUUCAACCGUUCGCUUCAGCUGCAGGAUAUUAUACGUGUGUGUGUGUGUGUGAGAGAGUCAAUAUAAUGCUGAACAUGUGCCUCCUCUCUCUCUGCUCUGAAUGCACAUACUUUCAAGACCCAAAUCACCAGACAUUCCCAGUUUGUGUUUAAUCAGCUGAUCAGUGGUGUUAAAGGCAGACGUCACUAGUACUGUAGCUCAUAUUUAGUGUUUUUUUUUGUUGUUCAGAUCUCUAACACUGAGUCUUAACAUUGAGUGCGUAUACGAGUGUUUGAGACGGAUGAUCUAAACCUGCUUGAAUCGGGCUGUUCCCUUGUGCUGUUGUUUGAGGACAGCAAGCUGCUCUUCGCACGCAAGCCUUCAGCAGAGGCAUGAAUUGUGUAUGAAGACUUGUGUAAUAGUGCGUCUGUGGAUCUGGAAUGGAACUAGAAUAUUAGCGCUGUGUUACAAUGCAAAAAAAAAGUGUUUGCAGUAUUUUUUUGUGUGUGUCUUGUUUUAAAUAUUAAAUAUGUUUUCUGAAAAAAAAAAAAAAAGUUUCUUUAAGCAAAAUUGUAAGACUUAAUUUUAGAGAAUUUAUCUUGAGUUAACUUUUUUCAUUUUUCCCCAUUUGUUGCAUGUGACAAUUUUCUACUUGUAUUCCAUCUUAAUUUACAGUCUUGAUCCAUUACAUAAAUCCCAGCACAUCUAAUGCAUGUAAGUGUCAGUUUCAGACCAAUAGCUGAUUGGAAAAGCGAUCAAAUGUUGUGCGACUGAACCCAAUACAUCUUUAGUCUUGUCAAUGAUGUAUUGAUUUCUUCAAAACCUCAUCGACCGGACCAAAGACAUACAAUACACUAUUUAAAUAGAUAACGAUAUCUAGAAGCAUUUACCAGAUACAGCAACCCAAAAUGUAACAAUGCACAUGCAACAAAAUAUCAAAACAAGCAAACAAAUGCUACAAGACCUUUUCUCAACCCAAAUGACUUAUAAACUGGUGUUUUGGAUAUUUUUAGUGUGUGAUCGCUUAAAUAUAUGCAUAACUUGUUAUUUUCAAAGGUGUAUGCGAGCAGCAAAAUUGGAUUGUUUCCAAGACAACGGCACAAUAUCACUUUAUUAUUCUUUUUUCUAAUUUUAUCUCUUGAUCUGACAAAAUUGCUGGUUUGUCAGCAAUGCCAUUUCUCCAUUUCUCUCUUCGUCUCUCGUCCUCUCCACCUUCACCUCCUCCUCCCUCCCUCCCUCCACCUCCCAUCCAUCAUUCCUCCCCUGAUAAUACGGACCACUCGCUGUGCGACACUCCUUCAGUGCUUCACUCCGUUCAUCUCUCCGCUCAGCAUCCAUCCAUCCUCCGGCAGCACUAUGGACAGCACAGUUUCAGCCUACUCUGAGAAGCUGAGAGAGAUGUCGGUGUUGUCUCUCCUGUGCUCUUGUUUGUAUUCCCAGCCUCUUCCCAACACCUUCCCAACUCAGUUUGAAGAUAUGGAGGUGAAGUCAUUGAAUAAGCGAGCCUCUGGUCAGGCGUUUGAGGUCAUCCUGAAGAGUCCAACUGAGCCAUCUCCAGAGAGACCCCAGACUCUGGCACUGCCGCCCCAGAAGAAGGAGCCUUCCCUGGGGGAACUACAGAAGAGGCUGGAGGCCGCCGAGGAGAGACGGAAGUCUCAGGAGAAGCAGGUGCUGAUGCAGUUGGCAGAGAAACGGGAACGUGAGAAGGAGGUGCUCAACAAGGCCCAGGAGGUCAACAACAACUACAGCAAGAUGACCGAGGAGAAGCUCAACCACAAGAUGGAGCUGAUCCAAGAAAAUCGCAUGGCCCGUCUCAGUGCUCUCAAGCAGCGUCUGAGAGAGAAGGAGCUUCACGCUGCAGAAGUCCGUAAGAAUAAGGAACUUCACACUGAGCUCUCUGGAUAAGGACACUCUUUGACGCCAGAGCUGUGAGAUGUCCAUUUGGAGAAUAUCUCAUUCUCUGGCCACAGUCUUAAGAGGUCAUAUCAGACUCACCUUAUCAGUUUACCUUGUCAAUAAAUGUCUGAGCAUAUUACUGUAUCCCACAUACAAUUACAUGGACAAAAGUAUGUGAGCAUCCAAACACCACAGCCAAAUGUGAUUGUUGAUGGUUUAAUUUGAGAAGCAUGGGCAUUAAUGGGCAGUUUGUUCUUCAUAAAAGCUCUAGUUCAGUGUCCCAGUUCAUCCCAAAGGUAUACAGACUAGAUGGGUAUACUAGACUUUGUGUAGACCUGUCAAGAUCUUUGACCUUUCUUGAUUGACCUUGACUUGUGUGAUGUUCCUAAAUCAACAUCUUCUGUUGAUCCUAGAACAAGAAGUCCUAUCCCUAUCCCUAAACCCAACCUUUACCAAAGAUUAUGGCUAAAAUCAGAGGAAAGUUGAUAAGAAUGUUGUUCAAGCUACUACUUAUUCCUUAUCUGAUUGGCUGAGGUUGAUCCGGGAAGGAACAUGCCCUACUUGUCAGAAUUGCAGUCACCUGCUUUGUGCACAAGUUACUUAGUCACGCUGAAACAGAAAAGCGUCACACAAAGCUGUUGAACAAUCUCCAGAAUGUCACUGUAUGGCGUAGCAUUACGAUUUGUAAUUAUUUGACUAGCCAAACGCAUUUAUUGCAAAGAGGUGUCCACAUACUUUUGACCAUGCCUGCUGACAAAAAACUACAACAUAGACCAGCUUAAAGACUUGUUUUUAGAUUGGCAUUAGUGGUUUGUUACUCUGACACAAGCUGAUUAAGAGGGUUGUUGUUGCUGAUAAACCAGCUAGACCAGUGGGUGAGCUAAAACCAGCAUGAAACUGUCAAAGCAUACCUUAAUGUGUGACCAGCAAUGGUACAAUCGGGUCAUUUAGUCUGGUCUAGGCUGUUAUUUAGCAGAGCUGAAUCUCACAAAAUCAAAAAAAACGACUGUAUCCACAUUCACACUGCACUUUAUAGAAUAUGAUUCAUUCACGUUGGUAGUUUAGGUGCAUUUCAAGGGUCUCUGACUCAGAUUUGUUGGUUUGUUUUUCAGUGACCUGAAAGAGAAACGUCUAAGCUAUAUGCUGCUAACUGAUUACCGAAAACCAUUUAAAAUAAGAUUAAAGCAUAAGUUCGUAAUAAAGUGUCUGUCAUUUUUGCAACUGAGGGAAACUAAGAAUGCAUCCAAUGGAUUACAACACAUCAGGAUAUUUUAGUUGUUGUUUAUCACCCUCUAUGUGAAGUUUCUGUCUCUUGCAAGUUUUUUGGGUUUCUGAUCAGGUAUUGAAUAUGGAAAUUACUGGCGCAGUAGUUUCUAAACCAUUACGACUUUUAUUGCUGCUGAUAAGACUCGUAUGCAAUCAAGUGAAUCAGUCAUUAAAGCUGAGUAAAAUGA